UAUAAAUUUAUUUUAUUUUAUUUUAUUAGAUUAUUAGAAGGACAAAGUUACGCAAUAGAACUAAUUGUUACCUAACUACGGGGUUCUAUUUAAUAGGGUUCUGCAUUUAAUUUACAUAGUUAUAAAUUAUAAAUGAAGACAAAUCCUCAAUUACUUCUAGGUCAUUAUUCCUCAUCCAUGGAAAUUCCUUCAGCAAAAUUCCAUUGCAAUAGAUUUUAUUCAUGUCGAUCUUGAAUUAAAACAGAAAAUAUUUCGUGAGCAAUAAACAUUUUUACAUGUUUAUUUUUUUAUUCUAUCGUUGCAUUCUCAAAAUCUGUGCAUAAUUUCUUGAUCUUGUGUCCGUAUAAUAAAAUAUUUACAUAUCUCUAGCGGCAAAAGAUAUCGGAAAUAUUGCUUCAAAAAUUCUCCGAAAGAUAACCAUUUUUAUUUUAUUUACGAACAAAAUGUUAAGGGACACGUUGAUGGUCGUCCGUUCCUCAGGACUGAGGAAUUUUUAUAAAUUUGACACUCAUUUUCGCGAUAAAAUGUUAUUUUUGUACGACUGAUAAAUGCUUGUCAUUGCAGGAGUGUUAGUCGUGCCUAAUCCAAUUGAAACAUUGUAGUAGUGGGAGGAAAUUUCCGUUUUGUUUCUAUAUCCAUAUAGUAUCCAUAUCCACAUAGCGUUCAUAGCCAUAUAGGUAGUGUCCGGUUCCAUAUAAUAUCCAUAUCCAUACAGUAUCCAUAUAGUUUCCAUAUAUCGUAUCUAUAUCCAUAAAGUAUCCAGUAAAAUAUCCCCUCCGGGUUGGGGAGGGAUGACAUCCCUGGGUGGGCGUGUGAGGAAGCUGCUCCCCAACAUGAGCAUCCCUGCGAGGCUCAAGGGGGGAAGACUGCAGCGGUGGGGCGAGUACUGGGUGCAGAUGGCCCGGGACUACAGGGAGGCCCUGACGACCAUCGCUGAGGACGCGAGGCAGCGGCCUCUUAAGGCCUCCCUCUACGCCUCCUUCGUGGCCGCCUGCGUGGUCCUCACGUGGGUCCACGUUUCGGGGUUUAACCCUCCAGGGGUUGAGGUUUUACUCGGGGUUGAACAUCCAUAUGGGUUGAAGUGGUAUCACUAUGUUCUGGUAAUUAACCCCUCUUCUGUUUCUUUAAUUUAUGAAGUAAUAAACCCCUUAGGGGUUCAGGGGUUAUCGGACACAACUAACCCCAGUGAGGAGGACCUGCGCUGCCGUGUAGUGGAGCACCGCAACGCCGCCGCCCUCCUGGGCGCCCCCAUCAGGAGCAGGGGCGUCGACGCCCGCAUGGGGCGCCUCGACGAGUGCUUCACCCGACACACCCUCAGGCGCUGGAACUUGGUGUUGUUCUCGCUGUACUGGGAGGACAACUACAACGCUGGCUGCGCGCUGUACAAAGCGACCACCCCGCACCUCAAGCCGCGCUACGCCACCUUCUUCAGCGAGCGCCUGCUCGACGUGGGCGCCCUGGGGCGCUUCUGGCUCCUCGAGCGCCUCGUCAGGGACUACGAUGUUAAUGAGGACGAGUGGGACGACCAGGGGCGUCAGAGGGACGAGUACAGACCUAAGAAUAAGGGCGCCAUGGGCAUGAUCUAACCAGGGUGGCAUGUCGUGGGCAUGAUCUAGCCAGGGUGGUAUGUCGUGGGCAUGAUCUAGCCAGGGUGGCAUGUCGUGGUCAUGAUUUAGCCAGGCUGGCCUAUCGUGGGCAUGAUCUAGCCAGGGUGGCAUGUCGUGGGCAUGAUCUAGCCAGGGUGGCAUGUCGUGGGCAUGAUCUAGCCAGGGUGGCAUGACGUGGGCAUGAUCUAGCCAGAGUGGCAUGACGUGGGCAUGAUCUAGCCAGAGUGGCAUGUCGUGGGCAUGAUCUAGCCAGGGUGGCAUGUCGUGGGCAUUAUCUAGCCAGGGUGGCAUGUCAUGGGCAUGAUCUAGCCAGGGUGGAAGUAUUACAUUUGUACGCAUGAAUUAGCUACUGUUAUCGAUUAUAGGUAACCUUUUUGGAUAAGAAAAGUCUCGUGAAAAUGUAACAUUUUUUUG